CUCUUUCAUUCGCUUUCGCUUUAUCCUACACUUUCUCUCUCUAGAAAUUUCAGUAGCCUCGUAAGAAGUCAGUAACGAAGAGCAAUGGCGCCCAAGGCCGAGAAGAAGCCAGCGGAGAAGAAGCCGGCGGAGGAUAAGAAGGCGGAGAAGGCUCCGGCGGAGAAGAAGCCGCGGGCUGAGAAGAAGUUGCCGAAGGAUGCUUCGGGGACCGAUAAGAAGAAGAAGAGAACGAAAAAGAGUGUGGAGACUUACAAGAUCUACAUCUUCAAGGUUCUCAAGCAGGUUCAUCCCGAUAUCGGAAUCUCCAGCAAGGCGAUGGGCAUUAUGAACAGCUUCAUCAAUGACAUCUUUGAGAAGCUUGCUCAGGAAGCCUCCAGACUCGCUCGCUACAACAAGAAGCCCACCAUUACCUCUCGGGAGAUUCAGACCGCCGUUCGCCUUGUUCUUCCCGGUGAGCUCGCUAAGCACGCCGUCUCUGAGGGCACCAAGGCUGUCACUAAGUUUACAAGCUCUUAGACCAAUGGCUCUGUUCUUGAGUUAUAGUCUUUAUAUCUUGCGAAUGGUCGUGUAGGGAAUUAGUGUUUGUAGUUUGUAAAGUUCUGUUCUUUUUUCAUUUUUAGGUAUUGCAUUACAGAAGUCUUAUCAAGUUUUGUAAUUCCUGAAUUUAAUUUAGUAACAAUCGAAUGGUUUUGAAACGAAAAGAUGGUUCUUUAUCCCAUUUAAGAUUCUUUACUUCAAAUUUUAAUUUCUAAAUGAAAAAGAACUGGAGUAUGCAAAAGAUUUGAGAACUUGUUAU